GUCAUCACUUCCCUGAAUUCCGCCAGCUAGAGAAACUGAGGCCACAGAGCUGUGGACGCCCAGGACUGCGUCCUGCUUUGAGCUGGUGCCUGGGUCCUCCUUUUGGAGGCCUGGCCACAGGCUUCACAGCUCCGGCCUCACCCGGUGAGAGAUCUGUGAGGCCCCCCAGUGUAAGGGUUAGGGUGGUCCCCGAGAGGCCCACGGCCCCCAAGCAGGGCCCUAUGGCAGAGAGGGCCGGGUGGGGUAUGUGAGCAGGAAGCGGAAGCGCCCAGUAACCCUUAGCUGCAGCUGAGCGCGCCAGAGCUCACUUCCACUCAACACAGCCAGAGCUGGUGGCGGGCACCCAAGCACCGAGGCCGGCGGACUGAUGGACCUGCCCUGUGCCCUAGGGCUCGGGACGCUGCUGGGCCUGCCAGGGGUCCUGGGCUCGGGCAGCAGCGCCGAGGACAGUGGGAGCUCCAGCACCGUGGCCGUGGCCGUGCUGCUGCUGCUGCUGCUGCUGCUGGUCGCCGGCCUGGCACUGGCCUGGCGCCGCCUCAGCCGGGACUCGGGGGGCUACUACCACCCGGCCCGCCUGGGCGCCGCGCUGUGGGGCCGCACCCGCCGCCUCCUCUGGGCCAGCCCCCCGGGCCGCUGGCUCCGGGCCCGGGCCGAGCCGGAGACGUGCGCCGAGGCCCCAGAUGAGCAGCAGGACGAGCAGGACGCAGAGGAGGACUACCAGCUGGCGGGCGGCCCAGGGGGGAGAGAGUCCCAGGAAGAGGAGCAGCGAGGCGGACUGGGGCCCGGCCCCCAGCAGCUCCCAGAGCCGGCUGAGGACGCGCAUGACAGUAACACCGGCGGGGGCCUGGGCCUCAGCUGCCAGGGGCCGGCGGGCUCGGGGGGCAGCGCCGAGGCCCUGCUGAGCGACCUGCACGCCUUUGCUGGCAGCGCGGCCUGGGACAGCGCCGAAGCCUCUGGGGGCCGGGGCCUCCACGUCACCGCACUGUAAGCGCCAGUGUGGUGUCCCAUCCCUGUCACUGUGCCUGUGUGUCCCAAGCUGCCCUGGACCCAGCGUCACCCACACCGCCACCCCCCUCCGCAAUGUAAGCGUCUCAGACGAUCGCUCCCCCACUGGUUCUGUCCCCAAAGCCGCGCAUCCCUGUCCCCACCAGGAAGGCCGCCCACUCCUAGGGGCACGGGGGUCAUCUGAAAUAAAACCCCUCCAGCCCUGUG